AUGAGGCAGCAGAUGCUGGACAUACAGCAGGGUGUGCUGGAGGAUCUGACAAAGAUACAUGAGGGAAUGUGUGCCACAGUCUCCAUUGUGGAAAAGUACUCGCAGAGCAUGAGCAAUGCAUUGAGCCCCAUAGCCGAGCUCAGUGCCUCUUCCAUGGAGAGAGUGCAACACCUUCCAAACAGAAGAUGUCGGCAGCAGCGGAGGAGAGGACUAACUGAAGUGCCAGAUCUGUCAAGAUAUAAACUGUUAACGUAUUUGUGGGUGAAUCACAAUAAGAUUAAAAAGUUAGAUUUCCUGAGACUGAAUUAUCACCUCAAAGAAUUACACUUAAACAACAACCUGCUCACUGACAUAACAGAUUUAUUCAAUAAUCCUUUGACACAGGAUCAAGAUUAUCGCCUCUAUGUCAUCUAUCACCUGCCUUCAGUACAGCUGCUUGAUAGACAGAUGAUUACCCAGAAGGAGCGAGAUAAUGCUUUUGAUUACUGCAGCCAAGACCGAUUCCGAAUCCGUCAAUCUUUGGCUUUUGGGCAGAAGAAACCUCAUUUUACUGUUGAACAGAUAAUACCAAAGAGAAGUCAUUCAGGACAGAAGAUAUCAUUUUCUCAGCAGAAGAGUCAAGGCCCUUCUGAGGAUGCUAUUGAUUCACGAAUAAGACGGAGAUCAGUAAUGCAGUUUUCCACUCUGGACUGGAUUAAAGUACCUAAUGCACAACAGAAACGUUUGGGAAAUAAACCUUUGCAGUCAUCUCAAAUAAUUACCACCCAUCUCAGAUGA